UUUUCAGAAUGGAUAACAUGUCAUUCGGGACCGACGGCAGCGACCCCCUCGGAGUGAACGGCUCGGCGCUCCCGUCGGCCGAGGGCAAGCGGAAGGCGCCGCCCGACCCCGACAAGGUCAUAGCAGUGCUGGGCUCCGGCGACUACGGGCGUGCUAUCUCCCGCCGGCUGGUCAACUCGGGCUACCACGUUCUCAUGGGCUCCAGGGACCCCGACAGGAGCCAGGUCAAGUAAGUGGUG